AUGGCUCUCACGAAGCUAAGUGUCAAGAUGCUUCUGCAGAUGAAGCCAGUUAGGAAGGAGCAAGAGUUGACAGAGAAAAACAAUGGCUUUCUCCAAAACAUCGAUGUGGCUGAAGGCGCAGUGCAGAAUUUGCUAAGGGAAUUUACCAAAAUGGACCGCAUCUUGGACAGAUCAGAUGAUGAGGACAUUUUCUCUGAAAACUCUCAAACUGACUUCCUUCGUGAUUUGGAGACUAAAAAAUGGUAUAUUAACCAUUACCGUGAAAUGACUGAUAAAGAUAAGAAAUAUCACCAUCGAUUAUUGGACGAUAUGUUGGAGCUGGAGGCUGGGCAUGACCAGGACCUGCAGAGUGAACCGGAUGAGCAAGAAAGAGAUCAGGUUCAACAAGAAGAUUCCCAGGCAUCCACAUCUUUGCAGUUUUCAAAGGAGAACAUCCCUGAAUGAUAAGCCCUGGAGCAACAUGUUCUCCAGCUAAACCACUGGAAUACAAAGAUGGGUCCACAAGUGAAAGAACUUGGAGCUGAUCACAUAGGCUGGAGGGAAAAAAUUAAAAAUAUUCUACAAAAAAUAAACCUAACAGAAAACACAGUGAAGAGGAAAUGUGCACUGAGGAUUUUCAUCAUGUAUGUCCUCACCUUCACUGGACUUUCAUGUUACAUACUAUUUUUUGAUGCUACGUUUAUCUUUGAAAAGGUGCUCUCUACAAUGCUUGGGUGCUGCAGAAUGUGGGAACUGCGGGAGUUUAUUGCCCCUUUCUUGAAUUUGGAAGUGCAAGACUUGUUACCCCCCCAGAGACACUGUUACCCUACUGACUUUCUUCCUAACAAAAUUCUGGCUGUUCUUAUAUUACAGUGGUAA